GUUUAAUGUUGCUGUGUGUUUACUACAGUAUUAGUGUAAAGGGAGAUUUGCCUUUUUCAUGCUGUGAACUCUGAGUAACAAAACAGAGCAUUUUAGUUUUUAUUUUAAAAGAAGGAAGCUAUUCAGGAAUCCAACAUGCCCAAGAGAAAGCAGGGAGCUGACGGAGAAGUAAAAGAGGAGCCUCAGAGGAGAUCUGCAAGGUUAUCGGCGAAACCAGCACCUCCAAAGCCGGAACCAAAACCCAAAAAGGCAUCAAAGAAAGAGAAAGCAGUAAACGACAAGAAGGAGGAUAAAAAAACUAAGGGGAAGAAAGAAAAGGCAGAGGAGGAGACCAAUGAAGAGAACCACUCUGAAAACGGAGAGCCUAAGACUAAUGAGGUUGCUGAGGCUCCAGCAGAAGCAGAGAAGGAGGAAGCAAAGCCUGAGUAGCAACACUCCCAGUCACACCCCCCACCCGAUCCCUGAUUGGCCCCCAAGUCUCACAUGGUACCCCUGAACCUCCAUGACAUUGUUAACAGAGGAAUAUUUUUAUCAACAAUUUUAUAAAUAUCAGUACAGGUUUUUAGCACAAAACAAAGCUAAAUAUGGAGGACCUUGCGAGUUCUGCAGUGGUCAUAUCAAGCAUCAGUAAGCAAGACAAACUAUACAAAAAGAUUUUUUUUAAAUGAUGUUAUGUGAUUGUUGGUAGUUUGUUCAGUGUAGGAAAAGAAAACCAGCUGGUAGUAUAUUUGUGAGUGUCACAUCUUACGUUUCCUUUCCCAAACCAUUUCACUUCAGUAGGCUAUCAUUUUUUUACCUUCUGUAUGUGCAGUGAUUUUUUUUUUUGUUUUUAAAUUUGGGGGGUUUUAUCUUAAUUUUUGAUUUUUAAAACAAAUUGUCUAUAAGAAAGAGGAAUCGCCUAAAAAACUGAAAACAUUCCAAGCAGAGUGAUGACAAGGACUGACUUUUUGUUUGUUUAAAUAACCAUGUCAAAAAUUAUUUUGGUAAAACAAAAUUAUGGAAAAAGCUUGUAAGAGGUCAAACUCAUGCGAGACCAUUAAAAAUUAUGUUCUAAGGUUUUUUUUUUUUAAAAAAAACAUAUUCAAACAUCAUGGAAACAUGGAAAUAUGCAGUUAUC